GUUCAGUGUCACGAGUCGGUUUAUUAACCAGCUCUUCGGUCAGUUCCAUAGUUCCAUAGCGUAUGGCACUCUAUUUCCCGGUUCAGUGUCACGAGUCGGUUCAAUUAACCGGCUCUUCGGUCAGUUCGUCAACACCAUUCACUUCACGUGACGUCGCAUUUCCCUGAAAACACGCUCGUGUCUACUCUCUUCGUAUUUACGGUCUCUGUUUAUUCUGCGUGAAAAGUUUACCAGAGAAGAAUGGCCGCCGUGCGAGCAGCAAAGCAAGCUCUGAGGAAAGAAAUAAAGCGACGGGUCGCAGCGUUGAGUGACGAGGAGAAACAACGACAGUCUCUCGUGCUGUCCCGGCAGCUGUUCAGACACCCCAAGUAUGUGUCCUGUAAGAGGAUUGCGGUGUUUCUCAGCACGGGUGAUGAGGUGAGCACUGAGGAAAUCAUCAAAGACGUGUUUAAAUGUGGUAAAAGCUGCUUCAUUCCCAGAUAUCAGAGCAGCAGCAACCAUAUGGACAUGUUGAAGCUCAACAGUCUGCAGGACAUCGAGACGCUGCCUCUGACGUCAUGGAACAUCAGACAGCCUGCUGAAGAAGACACCAGCAGAGAGGAAGCACUUUCUACAGGAGGUCUGGACCUGAUCUUGAUGCCAGGCCUGGGGUUUGACGAGUCGGGGAAGCGUCUGGGACGAGGGAAGGGCUUCUAUGACGUAUACUUGGAGCGCUGCAUCAGACACCCUCAAGGAAAGCCCUACACCAUCGCCUUAUCCUUCAAGGAGCAGCUGUGUCAGGAAAUCCCAGUCGACGACAAUGAUGUGCUCAUAGAUGAAGUCCUGUAUGAGAAGGGGGAGUAAUCAGUCAUCAGUGGUGGUCCAUGAACUCAGUUUUGGGUUCAAUGGCUAGACUACAUGCCAAAGUGAGCCAAUGGUUCAACCUGUCCUUUCAAUGAAACAUUAAUAAUAGACGCUCAAUGCAGACAUGUUGCCUUGUUGUAGCAGGACACAUCACCUGGCAUGGCAUUAUACAGAUUAAGCGACUAAUUCAAUGGCUGUAUUGAUAUUUGUGUUGAAGGUGCUGAAACCUGGUUUCGUGCCAUAUGUGGUGCGGACGUUGCCAUAAAGAGCUACUAGGUUUUGCUAAUCACUUAAAAUGAAGAAGUACACAUUAAUGGACAAUUAAAUGAAAAGAAGUGCAAUUAAAGCUGUAUUGGGAAAUGCAA